AUGGACUUCUCAUCUUCAUGCAAAAAGUCCUUCAAAUCUAGCAGUUCCUAUAAGCAUGGCAGAAAAAUCUCCAUAGGCCGAUCAUCAGAGGAGGACGCCAUCCACGAGCAGCAGCCCAUCCUCUCCGAUCACAACCGCGACUCUUCCUCCUCCUCCCCCGCCGGCGCCGCAUCCCACCGUAAUUCCGUUUCCGGACCUUCCGAGGUCAUCGUCAAGGUCGACGGCGGCGACGUUCCCUCUCCCGUCCACAACAGGAACGACGCCCACUGCCGCGAAUCGAGCCUCGGUUUCUGGGCCGAUGAGCCCCGCGCGCCCAUGCAACCCGAGCUGAUCGGAGUUUUCCUCAACCAGCAGAACGACGGAGGCGGAGAAUUGCGCCUCGACGUGGAUAUGGAGAUGGAUGAUCUCCACCUCAAUCGCGGCAGCAACACUGGCCCUAAUAGCAGCCUCCCACCUGCGAACCCCAAUUAUAAUAAUCACAGUUUCCGGAACCCUAGCGAGUUGAAAACGACAAUGGAGGUUCCCGGCGCCGUGGUCGAUAUUCGUCCCGACGAACCGGACAAAAUAGAGUCCUCAUCCGACGAGGAUGUGAAUCGAACGCUCAGGCGGCGUUCCUCGAACGUGGACACCAACAACAAUGGUGGCCUGGGCGGGAAUACUGAUGGUCAGGUGUUGAAAUGCACGUCGAUUCAGAGAAGGGUGAGUAAUUUGGGCAGGAUGAAGACUAGGUCUCGGCUGAUUGACCCGCUUGAGUUCACAGAGAGGAGAUCUGGCCAGAUGCGAUCCGGGAUGCCGGGUAGAAAUUCCGGCGUAUUGGGGAAACCCGUGGACGAAGAAGAGGAUGACCCUUUAUUCGACGAGGAUCUUCCGGACGACUUCAAGAAAGGUAAGUUCGAUGCAUUGACUAUUUUACAGUGGAUUAGCCUCAUUCUGAUUGUAGCAGCUUUAGCAUCGACUCUUGCUAUCUCUGAGCUGAAGAGAAAGAAGCUCAGGGGACUGAGUAUCUGGAAAUGGGAGGUUUUGGUUCUGGUUUUGAUCUGUGGGAGAUUGGUCUCUGGCUGGGGGAUAAGAAUAGUCGUCUUCUUUAUCGAGAGGAACUUCUUCAUGCGGAAAAGGGUGUUGUACUUUGUGUACGGUGUGAGAAAGGCCGUUCAGAACUGUAUCUGGUUAGGGCUGGUUUUAAUCGCCUGGCAUUACAUGUUCGACCAUGAGGUCGAAGGGAAUAACAAGUUCCUGCAAUAUGUGAACAAAAUAAUGGUUUGCAUGCUGGUAGGAACUCUGCUUUGGCUGGUCAAGACCCUCAUGGUCAAAGUUCUUGCCUCGUCUUUCCACGUCAGCACGUUCUUCGACCGUAUCCAGGAGACCCUGUUCAAUCAGUACAUAAUCGAGACUCUUUCUGGUCCGCCCCUGAUUGAGAUGAGGAACCACCAAGAGGAGGAGGAGAGGACUAUGGCUGAGGUAUGCCGGCUUCAGAAUGCAGGGGCUACAUUGCCGCCUGAUCUGAGGUGCCCGCCUUUUCAGGCGGCGAAGAGCGGAAAGGCGGUUGCCGGUGGAGGAGGAGGAGGAGGAGGGCUGCCGCCGAGGCCGGCAAGAGGAUUGAGUUUCGGAGUUUCCGGGCAGCUUACCAAGAAUGAUCUGAAUGAGCAGGGUGCCGGUAUAUCGAUCGACAAGCUGCAGAAUCUGAACCACAAGAACGUAUCUGCUUGGAGCAUGAAGAGAUUGAUUAAGUUUGUGAAGAAUGGGGUUUUGACCACACUGGACGAGCGUGCUUUGGGUAGCUCGCAAGGGGACGAGACAGCUAUGCAGAUUAGGAGCGAACGUGAGGCCAAAGCGGCUGCCAGGAACAUUUUCCGGAAUGUGGCGAGGCCUAGGGCCAAGAUUUCGAGAAUGGAGGGAAAUACGAGUGUUACUCAUGAUGAUGCCGAUUAUCCAAUUUGGUUCAUCCACCUCGAGGAUCUGAUGCGUUUCGUGAAAGAAGAAGAGGCAGUGAAAACAUUGAACAUCGUCGAAGGAUCAAUUGAAGGCGAAAAAAUCAGCAAAGCGUCCUUGAAAAACUGGGUGGUCAACACGUUCAUAGAAAGAAGAGCUCUCGCCCUAACACUGAACGACACAAAAACGGCAGUCGACAAACUUCAUCGGAUGGUCAAUUUCAUAGUCGGGAUCAUCAUUCUAGUCGUUUGCCUGAUCAUCCUAGGAAUUGCAACGAGCAAAUUUAUGCUCUACAUCAGCUCACAGAUUGUGAUCGUGGCUUUUAUUUUCGGAAACUCAUGCAAGACCGUCUUUGAAGCCAUCAUAUUCGUAUUUGUAAUUCAUCCUUUUGAUGUGGGCGACCGUUGUGAGGUUGAUGGAGUCCAGAUGAUUGUAGAAGAAAUGAAUAUAUUGACGACUGUGUUCUUGAGGUAUGACAAUCAGAAGAUAAUUUAUCCCAAUGUGACUCUUGCCACAAGACCUAUCAGCAACUACUACCGCAGCCCGGAUAUGGGCGAUUCAAUCGAGUUUUCCGUUCAUAUUGCCACACCAGCCGAGAAGAUUGCCUCCAUAAAGCAAAGGAUAACAAGUUAUAUUGAGAACAGAAGUGAGCACUGGUACCCGGAGCCUUCGGUGGUGGUGAUGGAAUUGCAAGAUUUGCGCACACUGAAGCUUUCGGUGUGGAUGAGGCACCGUAUGAACCACCAGAAUAUGGGUGAAAAGUGGAAGAGACGAGCUGUCUUGGUGGAGGAGCUUGUCAAAAUUCUCAAAGAGCUCGAUAUCGAGUACCGCCUGUAUCCAGUCGAUGUCAACAUCCGUGAAAUGCCGCCUCUCAAUCCCACCAGAAUGCCUCCGGCGUGGAUCACUCCUCCGCCCAACUGA